UCUGUGACCAUCUGGUGUUUGUGUUGUUUACUCUGUUUAUUUGUCAGGACCACAGACUAAUGUGAACUGUGCUGCUGAAAUAGCAUUAGUCCAGUUGUAACGUGUGUUAGUCAUUAUGCAAAAACAAACAAAAAAACUUUCCCUAUUUGAGCUGCUUGAUUUCCAUGUAUUAUGAUGCAAAGUAAAAUCCUAGCGUGACAGCGAACACGAACGCCUCAGUUUAGUCUUAUUUUUACUUCUCACGAUUGAGUCGUUUUUGGACAGACUGUCCAUUCCUGAUGUUUCCUCACUAGACAGUAAAAAUAAAUCAAUGAAAUAAAUGCCCUUAAAGAUGAAAGGACAAAAGGAUAAAGAAGAAAAUCCUCCAUUUCUGAACUCAGUAGAUGGAGAAGGUAAACUCUAAAGUCACAGCAGAAUUAAAUGGAAUGACCUUAAAGGUGAGGGAAGUGUAAACAUAAAAGAGUCACUGCACACGGACAUGUGUGUGUAUGAGUUCCCCUGAGAAGAAAAGAACGAACCGCUGUGCCUUUUUGAACCAACAGGUGGCGUGGGCUCAGAGAUGGCAGAUCGUUAUAAAAUCGGAGUCAAAGUUCUGGAGCUGUCCGCCACAAAAGAGCUUCCAGACUCCACCAACAGCAUCGCCUGCUCUGAAGACGGGAAGUACCUGAGUCUGGGCCACCCCCGCGGCCUGUCUGUGUGGUGUGUCUGUGGGCUGGUCUGGGCCGCGGAAUGGCUGAAGGACCGACAGGAGAUCAUCGCUGUUCAGAUGGUCAGCAUGUCUCCAGAGGCUUAUCUGAUCGGCACCAUUGAUUACAUGGGUGUUGCCAGGAUCUUUGCAUAUUACAGUGAAAACAUUUACCUGCUCAACGUCAUCAACAGUGCCGACGACGUCAACAGGAGGAAAGUCUGCCUGACCUUUGAACUGUCUCCGUCAGGAAACUACGCCGCUACGAUAAUCGGCUGCAACGCUGACGUGUGGCUGGAGGUCUACAGACUGCCCACUGAGGCCUGGACCAAUCAGUUGGAGAAUCUGUCACCAGGGGCAACGCCGUUUCGAGAUCCAGAAAUCAGGAAUCAGGAAUCAGGAGAAGAUGAAGGUGGACAGAAGUGGUCUCCAACAUCGGCUCCAACUAGAAUCAAGCCCCCGAAGAAACGGUCCAGAACCAGAGGUUCAACGACAGAAAGUUCCCGUGAUGUGGGCGUGGUCAACUUCCUGACGUUCUGUUUGUCAGUGGAUGAAGACGCCGGCGCACAGAACCUGAAAAUGGACAUGGAACCGAUUAAUCCUGCAUGUGAAGUCACCAGACGUGGCACACAUCACUUCCUUCUUCCUUGUGGUCAUUUUCCUGGGGCCAGUAAGGCGUACGCUCAACCAGAAUGUCCUGUCGCCGUCUGUUUGUGGUGGACAGGAAGUCGUAACCUCCUACAUUAUUACCUGCAAAAGUCCACGAAGAACAAACCAGACGACGAGCCUGACAUUCUGUGGCCAAACGCAAAUGAAAUUCUCUGCUCCACCGUCAGCAGAUGCACCCGUUACGUCGUUCUAGGACUCGUUAAUUCUCUAGUGUGUGUGUGGGACAGAAAAACUGGCUCUCCACUCUCAGUGGUUUCUAUGACAACUGUGGACAGCCCCUUCCUGAGGAUGAGGUUCAUGGAUUACAUCCCUCAGUGUCCAGCGCCUACAGAUGAGGUCCAUAUUUUGGUGUUGUGUACAAGCGGGUUGAUGCACAUGGUCACCACGGGACGAGGGGCGGAGCCUUCCAUCAGCCAGGCCAUCGAGAGUCCAGAGGACGCUGAGGACUUCCCCACGCUCGUUCAGCCCGUUCCAUUUCUUCAGAGCACGUUACUUGUCGUACAGAAAAAUGGAACGGUUCUCCUCCAGGAUGUGAUGAAGAAAACCACGCUGUGUUACUUCGACCCUCCGAGGCCUCGUGUCAUCGCGACUCCCUGGAACCCAGUUUAUGCUCUCAACAUGAAAGAGCCUUGUCUGUACAUACGAGGUGACCAGACCUUCCGAUCCCGGGUAACUUCAGAGGAGGAGGUCAUAGGUCACCUUCUUGUCUACAAUUUUAAAGAGAGUGAACUCUUCAAGCCUUAUCUCAUCACUCCUCCAAACUCUCUGCCAGAAAAUCCAUUCAGCUUUGCCACACUACAAGAACAAUGUAACCUCUACCUCCAGCAAAGAGCUCUGGGUGUGGAGCAGAGAAACAAAGACAUCAGACAGACGUGGGAGGAGCUGCUGAGACGUGCAGCAGAGGGCGCUCUGUAGCACCACAGCUCAUGGGAACACACCGUGCUGUGGCGUCUGUCACACGUGGUCCAUCAAAAAUAAACAAAGUUAAACAGGAAGGAGUUCCACCUGAAACAACAGUUCUGUGUCGUUGUGGUUUGUUCUGAAGCUCCAUCGUGUGUUUCCUCGAUUUACGUCUCGUAGGAAGUUCUCUGACGUGAGAAGUACUACUUCAGGAAGUACUAUCUAGUACUACUAUUAUGAGAUUGUAUAUGUGUCAUUCUGAC